AAGCACAAUGGUCAGGGUGAAAGCAAAUUUGCUGCCAAGUAGCGACUGCUGAUUGCCACGAUGGGGUGUGUGUGUGUAGGUUGCCCUGGACCGCCUCACUCGGCCCAGGUCCUUUUCUUCUCCUCCUCCCCCCCCUUCUCGUGAACUUUCCCUCCCUUCUUUUCCUCACCCGCAUCGCAUCUCUCUGUAGCGCCUGCGUCCCACGUUCCUUACCUUGCCUUUUUUUUCGCACCUGCCCUGUCACUCCUUCAGAUCCAACUACUUCAUCAAAAAAAAAUAUUUUGCUAUCAUAUCGUACAUUUCUUCCUUUCUUCCUUUUUCUUUUUACAGCAGCGCUUGGCCUGUUUUCUACUACCUGCCGGUACACCGCGCCAUCAUUGAUUUGCCAUCGUUUUCCGUAACCCCCAAUAUCAGCGGAGCGGAAGGAAAAGAAUCGAAAAUCCCACCAUCAGCAUCUAGGAUAGUAUCGAAAUGGUCUCGUUCAAUGCUCUUGCUGCUGCUCUCGCAGCUUUUGCGGCGGUUUCUGAAGCUACCUAUCAUGGACAUAUGGCCAAGCGUCAUCUCCACAUGAGGGCCUCUUAUGGGAACGUGACUGAUGUCUACCCGGUUCCCAUUGGAACUGGUAGCCCGGCCCCGGUUCCUGUCACCACCACUCCGGCUGUUGUCGAUUCUCCAGAAACUGACUACACCACCACUACUGCCCAGACCAUCGCCACGUGUCUUACGGUCACUUACACCUUGGGAAAUGGAAAAGAGGUUGUUACCACCAUUACAAAGGUAUGUUGUACUCCAAUAUCCGAUAUACGCUCUCGAGGUCUUUGGGGACUGACAAAUUUGAUAUAGUACGAGACAACUACUAAAUCGGUUGCCCAUGUCAAGGCUACCUUGACUGUCGCUCCAAUCAUCGAGUCGACUCCCAGCGUCUCCCCUAUGUCUGCCUCUUCUACUGUCGCUCCCGUUGCUAGCUCAGUUCCCAGCAGCAAAGAGUCUAGUCACACCCCUGUGUCUGCCCCUUCUACUGUCGCUCCCGUUGCCAGCUCAGUUCCAAGCAGCAAAGAGUCUAGUCACACUAGUACCACUACCCUGUAUGUCACUGCGCCCCCAAGUGGGACCCACACUGUUGCGGCGGGUCCUAGUGCUCCCACUUGCCCCAGCAUUGAGACCGUGUACCUUCCGACAUAUAUCACUAUCUACAACACAGUGGUGAGUAUUCGUGAUACCCCCCCCCCCACAUGUUAUAAAUGUUGGCUGCUGACAAUAUCUCAGACCGCGGUCCCCCCUCCCCCACCCACUCACAGUCCUGUGAUGAUACCAUACCAAAACACUACCUCCCGAACGACAAGAACCAGCACCACUACCCUCAGCUUUUUCAAGACGGUGACGCUGACCGGGUCCCCCGCCCCAACCGCGCUUUAGAGCGUUGGAUUCCUCGACAUGCGCAUAGUCUCUUUGUUGAAAUUUAG